GUGUAGCCGAGGCAAUGAAUCCUAUGUUGGAAGCGGACUGCACAUCGCGGUGCCGUUCGACCCGCUGUGCUUCCAACCUGAUCUCAGUGGUCACUCGCGGGACCCCGCAUCAGAUCAAAACCUACUUCACCAGAGGCUGCCGGAAUGCGGCCCACGUGGCAGACAAGUUUGGCCGCACGGCCUUGCACAUGGCGGCGUCCUGCGGCAAAUUCGAGAUCAUUGAUUGGCUGCUGAGAGAGAGGCAUGCCGGUCUGGGGGCCGAGGAUCUGGAAUCUGGCUGGACGGCUCUUCACAGGAGCAUCUUCCAUGCUCAGGUGAUAGCGGCUGUGUACCUGAUCAAUCAUGGGGCGAGUCUGGAGAAGCAUGACAAUGAGGACUUGACUCCCUUAGAGAUUGCCAUGAAGGAUCACCCGCGAUACGCAGACUACGACCUUAGGGGACCCACUCAGGUGUACUCGUGGGGCAGCAACGCCAACUUCACCCUUGGCCACGGCGGAGGGAAGAGCCGUAGCCAGCCAGACAUUGUGGAUCAGUUUGGUAAAGAUGGACUGAGCAUCAAGCAGGUCGUAAUGUCCAAGUUCCACACUGUCUUCUUGACCCGCCAAGGCAUGGUCUUCACCUGUGGGCACGGCCAGGGGGGACGUCUGGGCCAUGGCAACGAGGAGGUUUGCCUGAGGCCACACCCGGUAGCGGCGCUGGCGGGGAAGGUGUGUGAGUUUGUGGCUGCAGCCAGGGACCACACUAUGUUCCUCAUGGAAGAUGGCACGGUGUUCUCCUGUGGCCAGAACAGCCAUCACCAGCUAGGCCAUUCCUCCAUGGGUGUCAAGGCCCUGACGCCCAAGUUCAUCUCCAGCAAACAGAUCAAGCACAAGACCAUGCUAGGCGUGGCCGCUGGUCGGUUCCAUUCCGUCUUGCAUACAAAGGAGGAAGUCUACACCUUUGGAUUGAAUGCUGGGCAGCUGGGUCAUGUCAAAGGUGAGAAGUACAUUGUCUCGCCGCGUCAUGUGACCACCUUGCAUCAUGACAAGGUGGAGCUGACCCACAUAGCUACCAGUGAUGCCGCCACAGUGUGUGCAACCAAGGCUGGUGAUAUCUAUGUGCUGAACGAGUACCAGUGUCGCAAAGUUGCUUCAAAGCAACUGAACUUAAUGAAGAUUGUCGCCAGCGGUGGCACCCUGGACUCCGAUCUCAGUGAUGGAACGCUACAGAAGGAAGGAGGGACAGAGCUGAUUCUGUUGGUCUUGAAACAGAGUGGUCAGGUGUACAACUGGCGGUCAAGCAGUCGCACCUUGAGACGCUGCACCUGGACCCGCAAGCGCCAGAUCUUUAUGUCAGACGUCGCGCUGAGCCGUCAAGGGGUUCUGUUCUGCACAGAAGAAGGGGAGGCGUUCCACGGAAGGUUCCUCGGGAGGAAGCCUUCAUCGUCAAGUCACAUCAAAGAUUCCUCCCCACACCCAGCCUUUCCUCCACCCCCUCGUGACACCACCCAAUCCAAGGAUUGGUCUUGUGACCACGAGGAGAUGGACCGUGUUAGUCUCAACAGACUACCUGUCAUUCAUAGAGCCAUCAGAGUGGCGUGUGGCCCUAACGGACUCAACUUUGCUGUGCUGCAAGCUGACCCUAAAGCAAGUUUGACUGAGGUUCCUUCUGUCAGCCCGUCGCUGAUGGUGAAACACUUGUCCCAGCUUCUCACAGAUGCUGACACAUCAGAUCGUAUCCAUGAUGUUGUACUUAAGGUUGGACAUCACUCCAUCGCAGCCCACAAAUACAUUCUCGCUCUUCGCAGUGACUUCUUUCGCCGCCUCUUCCUUCAGACUCCGCCCCCAAACACUGACAACUCUCCUGACGCAACUGAACCAUUUGACCCCUUCUCACCCGAUUCCCAAGAAAUCCAUGACGUCUCAGAUAAGACGGACCACAACACACUAAUGCAUCUACUGCAGUACAUUUACACAGACACUUGCGAUGUGUUCAAACCAGACUUCAAUUUGAAAUCCUUCCCUGGAGUGUUUCAAAAUCUAGACUCUGUUUUUGACGUCGCUGAUGAUUUGAGCAAUUUAAAAAUCACUGAUAAGAACAGGCAUAGGUCCGCUUACGGAGUGUAUAAGGAACACAAGGAGAAGAAGGGACGGAAGGAGGCGGGGAAGAAAUCAAAGAAAGGGGGCGGGACAAAGAACGAAGGCGAUGCAAUGGUCCAUGUGUGGAGUUUGAUCGAUGUCGCCAAGAAAUUUGGUGUGCCAUCUCUUGUGAAGAGACUGGACCAGGUGAAAUUCAAAGAUGGCCGCCUGCAGAAUUUUCGCCCCAGCACCAAGCCUCUUCGAUUCAAUCGCAGACAACUGUCACAGCUGUGUGACGUGGUGCUGUGCUCUGAGGAAGGCACGCUAUUCCCCUGCCACAAGUGUGUUCUGGUUGCCAGACUGGAGUACUUUCAGAGCAUGCUGGGGUCUGGCUGGAUCGAGGCCAGUUCCAGCGAUCCUUUAAAGAUGCCACUUCCAGCACCCAUCCUGUCCAUCCUGCUUGAGUAUAUCUACACUGAUGAUGCUCCCUCAGUCAGAACAGCCACUGACGUUGAGUUGCUGUGUAACACUCUAACCACAGCUGAUCAACUCCUGAUUGGUCGACUGAAGGAAAUAUGCGAGGUGGCACUUGUUGACCUAAUUUCUCUGAGGAACGUAGCAGAGCUCCUCCAGUUUGCCUCCAUCUACCAAGCCAACCAAUUCAAGCAGACCUGCCAUCAGUACAUCGGUCUCAACCUGGCCUGUCUCCUAGAAGCGAGGGCGCUAGAGAUACUCAGCAAUGAUGUACUGUUGGAACUCACCAAGGCUUACAAAGAUAUGAUACCGUCCAUGGCAUAUCGCACCAUCGCACCAUACCAAGAAGGCCCAGACAUCAGCCACAUCGAAGAAGAACCCUCUACAGAGGUGUCCAAUCCUACCAAUGUCAAAGGUCAAGAGGUUGCAGGAAGUCACAUGAUCAACUUUGACCCGGGGGACUUUGAUCAGAUCAUCAAGAAGGCCAAAGCAAAGAGGAAAGCCGGCCGUAGGACCAGCACGGGAAAGCGGAAAAGUUUGUCGUUCAGUGAGUCUGGAGAAAACACACGUAUACUACCUGAUGUGAUACCUAGAACGGUUGCCAUGGAAAUGGAUGACUUGACCCUAGCAACUGAUGCAAUCCAUGAAGGAGGAACUGAGCAGGGCGAUAGCUCCACUAGUGCAAGUUCUGUUUCCUCCCCGACUGGCCCUCCAAAGGUUGACAUCAUCACAGAUCUUGAUAAACAACAACAGGAAGUUACAAAGGAUUCUGGGAAUGGUACAAUGAAAUCCUUGUCAACCGACCCUAGCAACCAUGAUGUCACCUCGUUGGGAGCACAAAGUCCUCCAGGGAGAUGGAUACAGAAAGGCUGGGCAGAAAGCACUGUGGAUGAGACAAAGAAAAGUCUGAAGACACCAGAGAAGAGCAUUAGCAAAGAUGAGAUACAGUCUAAAAGUUGGCAGAGUCCCAGCAUGCCAGAUGUCACCGGUCCAGACCUACGCAGCAUCAUGCAGUCAGAGGCAUCUCGGUCUGCGUCAUCCAAGAAAUCCCAGCUAGCCUCGAGAAUGACGACACCGAUAGCCAAGAAGUCCCAGAAGCAGCGAAAGCGAGAACAAGAGAGGGCAGCAGAUGGCGUGACGUCACCGACUCCUGUCUCACCAGUGGAGAAAUCUGUUCCAGCCUGUCCAUGGGGUAGUACAGCCAAGACAGUACAAGCAUCGCCGUCAUCCUUCAGAGAGGUGCAGAUGGAGGAACAGAGGAGGCUCAAGGGAAAUAUGACGGUAUCCAUGGCAACCUCACCGCCUGCUAAAUCCAGAAGUCCGGAGCAGUUCAGUUUUGGUAUUGUGUCUCGCUCAAGAAGAGUUUCUGAUAACGACUCAAGAAGAGUUUCUGAAAACGAGGUGACCCUGCCGAGUGAAACACCUCAAGAAGCAAGUGCCAAAGAAGCGCCUGAAAACCCUUGGCAUCACCGCGCCACUUCACCCCCAACCACCCAAGUCAGCCUCUCCGAGAUCAUCAAGACGGAAACGGAAGAGCGAGAGACGCUGGCCAGGACCCUCAAGAAACCGUUCUCUCUCAUCCAGAUUGAGGAAAAGGCUAUUGAGGAACUGCGGGCAUUCUACAACACAGCAGAUAGAGCUGAUGAGUACAUCACGGUGGAAAGGGCCACCAAUGUUGUAGCCACGCCCCUUUGGAGGAAGAGCAAAGAUGGCAGCUGACAGUAGUCUCUUUGGUUUGACAGUACGGCUGUGUGCAAAUCACUGGACUAUGGCUGGCACUAAUGCAUGUGUCUAUGGGAAGUGGAUUCAGUGGCUUCCAUAGAUGCAUGUAUCUAAUGUCUAGCUAUAGACGUGUCCAUACAAGCAUAUCUAUGGCUAAGGCUAUUUACUGUAGUGUUUUAAUUGCAAAAUUGAAGCAAAGCCACACUAUACAUGAUUUGAAGAUGGCUGAUUUAAAUUUUCUACAAGAGAAGAGUUUUCACCCGAUGUGCAAAUAUCUAUCCCUGGAAGCAAAAUUUUAUCUUGAAACUUGCAGUGAUGUAUACAUUUUUGACUUCCAACGACAUUUUGAGAGACAUGAUUGAACAUUGAAAGAUUGAAUUUUGUUCGGCUUAAAGUUCUAUAUAAUUAAAAAAACUGUGGAAGUAAAGAAUGUUGUAAAAAUCAGUAUUUUUUUCAGAUUUCCUGAUGUAAAUGUUUGUAAACUGUAAGUACCAAAGAAGCUAACUUAAAAAGUGGAGAUUGUUACAAAAUUUCGCCUCUGCCUUAAAACGUGAAUUAACAUGCAACUCAAUAUUUCAGUAUUUAAGAAAAGAUGGCCAAACCUUGAAUGAUGAAUUGAGUUGUGAUAAAAUUGCUGUUUCUUGAAUAGAUUCUCUAUUAUCAACUCAAAAGGAGAUUUUAAUGAUGACAUUGAGUUGUGAUCUUGAAAUAAAAGAAUGUUAGCGCAUCAGUACCGGCUUCUUACAAUGCAACAUUUGUAGUUGUCUAAUUGAAAAUGGAAAAGAAGUUGGGCAGA